CUGAUGGUGAGUAGUAUAGAAGCAGUCAUGAGGUUUGGAGCGUGUCUGGUGGCGGCGUGCGUGGUCGCGCUCGCGCAAGCAGGAGGUUACGGCGGAGGAAGCAAUGGGGGCUAUGGCGGCGGCGGCGGCGGUGGCGGCGGCUACGGCGGUGGCGGCGGCGGCGGCGGCGGUUACGGCGGCGGUGGCGGAUUUGGCGGCGGCGACGGCGGCGGAGAAUUCCACGGCGGCUUCAACCUCGAAGGCAUCAAGAGUGGCGUCGACAAAAUCCUAGAGAACGUCAGAUCCGGUUUGGACCACGUAAAGAGUGCGGGAGGCAGUGCCCAUGGCGGAGGUAGUUUUGGAGGUUCUGGCGGAGGAAAUGAGAAAGUAAUUUAUUCAAAGUCGGAUGAUGGUAAAUCUGGCGGGUUUGCCUUUACGGGAACUUAUGGAAAUGGCGGAUAUGGAGGAGGCGGUGGUUACAGCGGCAGUGGAUCUAAUGGAGGUGGCCAGGGUGGUUCAGGAAGUUCAGGAGGAGGAGGGUACGGAAGCGGCGGCGGAUUUGGAGGUGGUGGUGGCCUUGGAGGCGGUGGCGGACAUAGCGGUGGAGGAAGCCAUGGCGGUUCUGAUGGAGGAUCAGGCGGAAUCUCGUUUGGGGGAAGCGGUGGAGGUGGAAAGAGCUACGGUGGCUCUUCCGGCGGAAGCCACGGCUCUGAUGGAGGUUCUGGUGGUAUCGCUUUUGGAGGAGGUAGCGGAGGAAAGGGUGGCUAUGGAGGCGGAACAUCAUUUGGGAGUGGCGGGGGUUUUGGCGGUGGUGGCGGCUUUGGAGGCGGUAGCGAUGGUGGAAAAGCAGCGUAUGUCCAGAGUGGUAGUGGAAGUGGAGGCAAUGGGGGCGGAUUAGGAGGAGGUUUCGGAGGCGGAAGCCACGGAGGAUCAGGACAUGGUGGAUCAGACGGUGGAUCUGGCGGCUCUGGAGGUUACGGAGGAGGUGGUGGCCUGGGCGGAGGAGCGGGUGGUGCAUCUAGUGGAUCCGGUGGAGAUGGUGGAUCAGGAGGAAUAGGAGGUGGAUUUGGCGGUGCUGGGGGCUAUGGCGGGGGCGGUGGCCUCGGCGGUGGAUUUGGUGGUGGAUCUGGUGGUAGCGGAAGCCAUGGAUCUGGUGGACAUGGUGGAUCAGGUGGAUUAGGAGGUGGAUCUGCCGGAGGUAAUGGAGGCGGCGGUGGCCUGGGCGGAGGAUCUGGUGGUGGAUCUGGAGAUGGCGGUCAUGGAUCCGGUGGACAUGGUGGAUCAGGUGGAUUAGGGGGUGGAUCUGCCGGAGGUUAUGGAGGCGGCGGUGGUCUGGGCGGAGGAUCUGGUGGUGGAUCUGGAGAUGGUGGUCAUGGAUCCGGUGGAUAUGGUGGAUCAGGUGGAUUAGGCGGUGGAUCCGGUGGCGCUGGGGGCUAUGGGGGUAGCGGUGGCCAUGGGGGCGGUGGUGAUGGUCACAGUGGAGGCUGUGGCUCCUCCUCAUGUGGUUCUGGUGGUUCAGGAUCUGGCGCUUACGCCUCUGCCAGCGCAAAGGCUUCAGCGUCUGCUGGUUCCGGUGGCUAUGGGUACGGAAAGUAGGUUAAAUAUUAGCGUAUAAAUAAGACUGUGAUCUUUGUAUAUUAAUGUUCAAAUGUAAUUAAAAUGUUUUUAUUUUUUCUUUGUUA